CUCCUUUCAGAAGCGCUCAGCACACGGCUUGAGUCAGCGAACAGACCCUGCUUAAAGCAGCAUCUCACAUCUUGUUAGCCUUCUUCUGAAUAAGUCAUGCAGGCAGCUAAAUGCUGGGCUUUUUGCAGAGUAGAAUUGGUGAUUCUGCAGCGUUGAACCCAAGAGGGAUUCUGAAAGGCAGCACAGUGGGAGACAUGCAUGGAAUAUAUUUAUCACGUCAAGUGAUGGAUCAAACUUGAAAUCACUUUGUUGACUUAGAGAAAUUUAAAGAGCAGGUCACCUUGGCCGCCUGCUGAAGCCUGCUCUUUGCUAAAUAAAUAUAGAAAUAUUCUUAUCUGCUUGACUUGCUGCCCUGCAUAAACCAGCACACUGAUGGUAGAUGCACGAGGGAAGAUGAAAUGUCUGACUUUCUUUUUAAUGCUUCCAGAAACUGUCAAGAACCGCUCCAAAAAAGGCUCUAAAAAGGGGAAUUCCAGUCCCAGCAGCAAGUUACCUCCUGUCUGCUAUGAAAUAAUUACUUUAAAGACCAAAAAGAAAAAGAAGAUGGCUGCUGAGAUAUUUCCUAAUAAGAAACCAGCUAACAACAACCCAAAUUCUAUCCAGCAAUAUCACCAGCAAAAUCUCAACAACAACAACACUAUCCCAUCGCCACAUUGGCGAGGGCUCUAUGCCACCAUCCGGGAGAGAAAUGCAGUCAUGUUCAAUAAUGAUUUGAUGGCAGAUAUUCAUUUUGUGGUGGGACCACCAGGUGGAACUCAGCGGAUACCAGGACACAAAUAUGUUUUAGCUGUCGGGAGCUCAGUGUUCCAUGCUAUGUUUUACGGAGAGUUAGCCGAAGACAAUGAUGAAAUCCGGAUACCAGAUGUUGAACCUGCUGCUUUCCUUGCCAUGCUGAAAUAUAUGUAUUGUGAUGAAAUUGAUUUGGCUGCUGACACGGUUCUGGCGACUCUGUAUGCAGCUAAGAAAUAUAUCGUCCCCCACCUUGCCAGAGCUUGCGUUAACUUCCUAGAGACCAGCCUCAGUGCAAAGAACGCUUGUGUUCUUCUCUCUCAGAGCUGCUUGUUUGAAGAGCCUGAUCUGACCCAGAGGUGCUGGGAAGUGAUUGAGGCUCAGGCUGAACUUGCUUUGAAAAGCGAAGGAUUUUGCGACAUUGACUUUCAAACUUUUGAAAGCAUUCUUAAUCGGGAGACUUUAAAUGCCAAAGAAAUCGUCGUCUUUGAGGCAGCUCUUAACUGGGCAGAAGCAGAAUGUCAUCGGCAAGAAUUGCCUCCUACAAUAGAGAACAAGCGAAAAGUUUUGGGGAAAGCACUCUACCUGAUUCGCAUCCCGACAAUGGCACUUGAUGAAUUUGCGGAUGGAGCUGCUCAGUCGGGAGUUCUGACUGUCAACGAGACCAACGAUAUAUUUCUCUGGUAUACAGCUGCCAAGAAACCGGACUUACAGUUUGUAAGCAAGCCCAGAAAAGGCCUUGUCCCACUGAGAUGCCACCGAUUCCAGUCAUGUGCCUACCGUAGCAACCAGUGGCGUUACCGGGGCCGUUGUGACAGCAUUCAGUUUGCAGUGGAUAAAAGAGUGUUUAUUGCUGGCUUUGGCCUUUAUGGCUCAAGUUGUGGAUCAGCCGAAUACAGUGCAAAAAUCGAACUGAAACGCCAAGGGGUGAUUUUAGGACAGAAUUUAAGCAAAUACUUUUCAGAUGGCUCUAGCAAUACGUUUCCAGUUUGGUUCGAAUACCCGGUCCAAAUUGAGCCGGAUACUUUUUACACAGCUAGCGUGGUUCUGGAUGGUAAUGAGCUGAGCUACUUUGGGCAGGAAGGAAUGACAGAGGUGCAAUGUGGCAGAGUAACUGUACAGUUCCAGUGCUCCUCUGAUAGCACCAAUGGGACAGGCGUGCAAGGUGGACAGAUCCCGGAACUUAUCUUCUAUGCCUGACCCCGCAUUUUGUUUCUGAAGCCAAGUGUAUAUAUCUUGCUUUAUAGAACCCGAAAAGCUUAUGUUUGUAUAUAUAUAUCUUAUCAAUAAAGAUGCAGUCUAUCAGAUUAUUUUGCUACUAUAGAUUUCUGAUGCAUAGAUAAGCUCUAAAUGACAGGCAGAUGUACAAGUGCUUCUAUUUAAGAGAUAACCUAAAGCAUAUUUAAGUCUAUGUAUUUUGAUAUAUACACCAAGCAAAAAGGACCUAAAUAAUGGGUAACUACCUGAGAAGUCAUAGUCUUUAGAAAACCCAAGCCAUUUCCAGUAAGGAAAGAAUAUACUAGUUAGCAGAUACUGUCACAGAAUCCUUGAAAUUUGGGGUCAAAAUAAACAUGAAAUUACUUGUAAGGGUGAAGCUAUUGCAUUCAGUGAAAUCUUGCUUGGCUAUGUAUUGUGUCUGUGUUACAAAGAGAAUUGGUUGCAUAGGGAAAAAUGAAGACCUCUUGCUCCUUAUUAGAAUUACUGUAUAUGGAAGGCACAGGCUCUUUUAUCUUGUUGCGUGGCUUUACAUUUGCAAUAGUGAGAUUGUAUUGUCCCCUUGGAUUCAAAGGAGGCCGCGAGCUGCUGCAAAAAUUGGACUAAGGCCACAAAAACAUGUUCCUCUGAGCUCCUAGGAAACAAAAAAACAUUUGAAAUCUUUAUUUGUGGUUCAUUAAUGAAUGUGAAAUAUGUUUUUCAAAUACUACUAAAAUACUCCUUACUAGCAGUAGCUCUUAUUUAAUAAGUAUACAUUUAGUUUGCCCCUAAUGUAGCCCUUAAAUGAUGUAGACCAGUGCUCUUCAAUUUCUUUGGCGCUAUAGGCCAUAAUCUGGUUGAAGACACAUUUGAAAGUCAAAUAAUAUUAAAAGUUUAAUGUCAUAAAAAGAUGUAUUUGGAGUCCAUAAGGGCCGCAGAAAUGCCUUGGGUGGGCCACAUCUGGCCUGUGGCCUUCAGUUGAUAAUUGCAUUCUUAGACAACUUGCAAUCAGUUAUCAUUUUAAUAUCACCUCUCUUUCUAACCUGAAAUGUAUAUGCUGCCAGAAUGCCGAUUCAGUCUGCAGGCAGAUUUUUCUUGCUGCUAUUUUUCAUUAUUGCACUUUUACCUGUUUGGAUCUCCUUUUCAUCUUCUAGUCUGCUGCAUCAACCAUAGCCUGGUUGCUGGGGGACACUGUAUCAACCAUAGCCUGGUUGCUGGGGGACACUGUAUCAACCAUAGCCUGGUUGCUGGGGGACACUGUAUCAACCAUAGCCUGGUUGCUGGGGGACACUGUAUCAACCAUAGCCUGGUUGCUGGGGGACACUGUAUCAACCAUAGCCUGGUUGUUGGGGUCACUGUAUCAACCAUAGCCUGGUUGUUGGGGUCACUGUAUCAACCAUAGCCUGGUUGCUGGGCUUAUUGGGGUCUUAGCAACCAGCUCAGAUUCCAAAUUGGAAAGCUGCAGAACAAAAAUUUAGUUAAUUGAAAAACUACUGAAAAAAUUAAAACCCAUUGCCAAUUGCCUGAGAAGGCCAGUGGUUUCAAUCAUACUGAUGUUACUCUUCCUUUUUAACUUUUUAAUGUUAAGGUGGCAGCACCGCAAUGUGAAAGAUGACUACCGGCCAGGAACCCACCAGUUGCCCAGCCAAUGUUAUUCUUCAGUUUGUAUUACAAGCACCAUACAGUGGCAGAUACAUAAGUACUAAGAUACUGAAUGAAAGCUCCAGUUAAGAAGGAUGGGGUGGCCACUAACAAAAUAAAGGAUACAUUUUGUGGGCCUUUAGUGUCCUUUGAACUGUUUGGAUUUGAUUUGCCCAGAAUCCCAGAGCAGUUACCAGUAGCAACUAGUUUGAAAUAGUCUACUACAAGUUAGUUUCAUUGGUUGAUAUGGGAAUUUGUGCUGUGUUAGUAAACCGUCUCCCUUCACUUUUGGUGGCCUUUGUACCUUAUGUUGAAGCCUUCGCUGCUAUUGCAGAAUGUUUUUGUGGUUCUCUCGUUGACAGCAGCCAAAGUUUACAAGAGUGACUAAAGGGUGAAUUCUCAAAGUUCUCUUCCAAUUACUCCCAUUCCUUAUUCACUUAUAGGGACCUAUUAGUCAUGUUGUCUUGGGCCUAAGGGUUUACCAGAUAGCCUUUAAUAAUGUGGAGCACCAAGUUUUCAAGUAUAGGUGAUGUGUUAUCAUUAUAGACGUUAAGUCGGAAACUAGCUUUAGCGGAUUUCGAAACUGUCUUUAUCAAGGGUUUCCAGAUAACAGAUCCCAUACCUGCAAAAGCUGUUGGAGAAUUUGUUAGGGGAGGUUUGUGUAAUAGUUUUUUUUUCAAGCUUGGAAUUAUAUGCCCCUAUUCCUGGUAGGAAUCAAACUUGGGAGCAUGCUAGCUAAAUAUCAACCUGGAAAAUCUGGAGGCAUUUUUUAUAUUUUUCUUGUUAUUCCUGUCUGGCAUGAAAGUGGUUCAUGAAUUGACAGCUUUAUCAUAACAUUUACACUUUGGAUCAAUGUGCCUCUUGGUUAGAAUGUGUUCUUAAAGCAGCCCAACAUCAUUCCGUGCUAUAGGAUGUUAGAACUCAACAGCAGUGCCGAGCUUUAACACCCCACCUAAUCAAGUACUGAUAAUUGCUUUGGAAAUUGGAGAGCAGUGUGUCAAAAUUGACAGUGCAUAUUAAUGGGGGCUUUUAAAGGAGAACUAAAACCUGAGUAAUACCAUGGCUGUUUUUUCUCCCAGACAGCAUCACUGGGGACCCCCUAAAAGUCCCUAAACAUUUGCUUUACCUUGACCUGAGAAGUAGAGCAGCGCAGCAGGGUUGGCAGGCAUCCUCCCUUGUGAGUGCUUGGUGUGAGCAACUGCAGAGAAAAGGACCUGAAGCGAUGGGAGAUGGCGCCUACCAACCUCACUGCACUACUCUGCUUCUUAGAACACAGUACAGCAAUUUUGGGCGUUUAGGGACUGCAGUGGUGCCAUUUGGGAGGGGGCUAAAGUUAUUUCCCAGGUUUAUUUCUCCUUUUUAAAAAUAAUUUUCCAUAUUAAGAAUUGUUAGUAACUUCUAAAAUGAGUAGUAGUAGUAGUAGUAGUGUUUUUAAAAGAACCAUAUUAUAUCUGCUUUGUGCUACAUCUCUGAGAUCCAUAGUUCACCCUACAUCACUUUACAAAUGGAAACUACAUCAAUUUUUUGAAAAUAAAUUGCUAAAUGCAUUGAGUGAAACUGUAUGCACAGUCGUCUUAUUUCUGCCAAAAUGUAUAAAGUGGUUGCAGUAGCUUGCCAGUGUAUUUGUAACAAGCUGAUGAUAGGGUUCUAAGGAAAACGUUCCUAUGUGACAGCUGUGAUGUUCUUGUGGCCUUAUAGCCUUACUCGCUGGUGCAGGUCCGUGUAGCUGCUGGUCUGUUUAUUUAUUUUAUAUCCAUUUUCUCAGCAAACAGUGGCUUUGUCAGCGUAGAAAUUGAUAUUGUCCCUUAAUUACAAAUAGAAUUUUCAAAUAGUUUCUGACAAUUUUUAUUUUGACUUUAAAAUAUUUUACUAAUAAUUCCAGCUUGUUUCCAUACAAUGUUAUUUGUUUUAAAAUAUGUUUGGGCAUCGAAGUGCCAUGCUUCUUGUGGCAUAUAUACUGUAAAAAUGUACAUUUCAAACUGUAAUUUUUUUUUAAUAAAUGUAGUUCCACUAAA